AUGAUGAAUUCAACACAGGUUUCAUAUUUUAUUCUGAGUUUUUAUUUUGAUACCAAACUGUUGAAAUACUUAUACUUUGUGAUACUUUUCGUUUUGUACGUUUUACUCCUUGGUUGUAACGUUCUGCUCAUCGUGAUCAUCUGUGUGAACAGGACUCUACAUGAACCCAUGUACAUGUUUCUGUGCAGCCUGUUUGUGAAUGAGCUGUAUGGAAGUACAGGCUUGUUUCCCUUCCUGCUGAUUCAGAUUCUCUCUGAUGUUCACACCAUUUCUGCUCCUCUCUGUUUCCUGCAGGUUUGUGGUCUUCAUACUUACUUAACUGUAGAGUUUAAUAACUUAGCCGUCAUGUCUUAUGACAGAUAUCUGGCCAUCUGUUGUCCUCUACAGUAUGAUACGCUGAUGACGAUGAAGAAAGUUGCAGUUCUGAUUGCAGCAGCGUGGCUAGCCUCCUUUCUUGGCAUUAGUGUCUACACUUCUUCCGGCUCUUGGAGGGUAUGA